AAUCUCCCUUCUUGGAUCUGCUUCGAGUGCCGGGAUAUACGAUGCGGCUCCGGCAUUUUGUGAUUCCGUCCAGUGCUGUCAUCUUUGGACUGUUGUCCAUGAGUUACGUACAGGCCCGGUCGAUUAGUUGGAAGGAGGACAUGUUGGACCAAUGCUACCACAACCGGACCAUCCGGGACCGAUUCCGCCGGAUCCCGACGACCAUGGACAGCCUCAUCGGCCUCAUCAAGAAGGUGGAGCAACACCCAACGGGAAAGUAUUGGGACGUCCACACCAUGGCGGCCAACCUACUCAGAAGGUUUCGGAUCGAUGGAUUGCAGUUCCUACCCGAGAAUCUUGGAGGACGUAUCAUCCCAGAGUCGGUGGAAAAGAUGAAACUGGACCUGCUUUGGAAAAUUUCGAACAUCGGCAGGGCAGAGGAAUUUCCUGAAGAUUCGCUCACUCUCGAGGAAAAGGUGAAGUGCAACCACUGA